AUGCACCCACCCGUUCCGCAUUCCCCCGUCGCCCCGCAUACCGUGGUGGCCGAGAUUAAUCUCUACAACUGUCUUGAAGAUGGUCAAAUAUCUUUAUUGCAAUCCUACGCUGAUGAAGAUAAAAAGGAGUCAUUUUACACGGUAAGCUGGGCGUGUGGCGUUAAAGAGAACCCAUUUGUUGUUGCUGGAGGAGUUAAAGGCAUAAUCCGAGUCAUUAACGUCAAGGAUGAAACGGUUCACGUCAAUGAUGAAACGGUUCAUAAGAGCCUUGUGGGCCACGAGGGUUCAGUGAAUGAAAUUAAGACACAUCCUAUGAAACCUCAACUUGUGCUUUCUGCUAGCAAGGAUGAAUCUGUUCGAUUGUGGAAUGUUGAAACUGGGAUAUGUAUUCUGAUAUUUGCUGGAACUGGAGGUCAUCGAAACGAAGUUAUAAGUGUGGAACUUCCUUUCUCUGUCAGUUUGUAUGAUUUCUCUAUUACUCUUUGGCUGCCUUCAGAGUUUUGGACAUAUGUCGAGGACUCAUUCACAAGUUGUACAAUUCCCUGUAAGUAUUUUUCUGUAUUUACAGCUUCUUCGGUUCAUACAAAUUAUGUUGAUUGUAACCGUUGGUUUGGUGAUUUUAUUCUUUCAAAGAGUGUGGAGAAUGAGAUACUAUUGUGGGAACCAAUACUGAAAGAUAAUCCUGGAGAGGGUACUUCAGUUGUUCUAGUUAGAUACCCUAUUCCAAAUUGUAAUCUUUGGUUUAUCAAGUUUUCUUGCGACCUCUUUCUCAAUUAUCUUACAAUAGGUAAUGAUCAGAAAGCUAUAGUAUAUACAAUCUUACUUGAAUUUUGUGAAAAAUUUGUGAAACAAUCUUGGUUAUCACACGAUCAGUCAAAGUCUGUGAUCAGGCAAACCGCUAUGUCCACUGAUGGAAACACAAUUCUUGCUGCCUCCGAGGACGGGACUAUAUGGCGCUGGGACGCGAUUAACAAGGAGAAACCUGAUACGGUAGGAGAAAGGGAAAGGGCCAACUAA